AUGUCGGUGAGCGAGAGCGGGCAGAUGACGGAGGAGUGCGCGGCGGAGGAGAUGGGUGUGCCGGAGCGAGACUUGUACGACCAGAAGGCGGUGAGCACGGUGGUGCGAGUGCUGACGGUGCUGGCGUACCUGCUGUCGGUGUCACUGGCCGCCAUCCUGCUGUCCGUGUACUACGUGUGCGUCUGGAAGUCCCCCGAGCUGCCGCUCCUCAACGAAACCCUGGAGGUGAGCGCGCGCCGCGCACCACCACCCCACCACUCCGGCUAUCCCCCAGACACGUACAGUGAGUAG